AUGUCCGACUCAACCCUUUACCUUUACACCUCCUUGACCGCGGGCUCCUCGCACAUCGUCACCGCGACUGCCCGCGUGGAGACCAUCCUCAAGGCCAACAAACUCCCCUUUCAAGCCAUUGAUGUCGCAACAGACGAAGCCGCCCGCAAACUCUGGGGUCGUCGCUCCAAGGGCAAGAAACUUCCGGGGCUAGUUAAAUAUGGAGAUAUUGUCGGAGACCUAGAAGAAAUCGAAGAAUGGAACGAGUUCGGCGAACUGCGCAUGGUGGUAAACAGCGUUCAGGAUAUGGGCGGUAUGCCCGCAACAAGCAACCCAGCUCCCGCACCCGAAACCAAGACCGAACCUGAGCCUAAAACCCCGAAACCCUCCACCAUCAAGAUCCAAAGCCCGCCCGCAAAGGAAGAGAAGAAGGACGAGAUGGUCGUCCUAGCUCUCCGCCAAGCUAGCCAGGAAGCUGCCUCGCAGGCGAAGACUAAGGCCGAUGAGAAGAAAAUACCCAACACCGAAGAACCAACAUCUACGUCACCCACAGUCAAAGCUCACCGAGGCUCCGUCGCGCCAGAACUCCCUGAUACCGCGCCCGACUCGCCCAAGAGUGUCAAGAGGCCCACGAUGGUGGUUCCCGAGGAUGCGGCGAUGUCGUCGGCGAACUUCCACGUUGCGAAUGCGGAGAUGUUGGGACUUGUGCAGCAUCAUCGGGGCUCGAUUAUUUCUGCUAACGAUGAGCGGGAGCAGGAUAAGGUUGUCAAGGAGAUUCGGCAAUCUAUCUCGGGGGAUCACCGGCCUGGUGAUGUGGAGGCUUUGCGAAAGGAGGCGGCCCUGAAGCAGUUUUCGGAGGAUCCGGUUGUUGAGGUUGAGGAGAAGGAGGGUGUUGAAGAUGAGAAGUCUACUGAGGUUGAGGGUGGGGAGUCUAAGGAGACGGGCGAGGUAGAGAAGAAUGCAGAAAAGGCAGAGGAAAAGGAGAAGGCACAAGAUGAGGAAAAGGAAGAUGACAAGAAAGACGACCUCAAGGAGGAUAAGAAGGAGGACAAGGACGCUGCAGAGGAAGAGUCCAAGACCGAGGCUGUGUCUGCUAGCAAGGAGUAG